CCACAUCUACGAAAACAGUAGUCGUGCGUGCUAAAAAAUUGUGUUAAAAGUGUGAACAGUAUCGAGAUAUUGUGAACAAAAGAUACAGCGUACCACGUGAAAAUCGCGUGCGCCUAACAAAGGACAAAGGACCUCGUGCCGGCGAAAGAUACACCUAGUUUUGCCUCAUUAUUUAUAUAUUUUGGCAUUUUUAUAUGAUAAAGGAGAAUAUAACAUAAACAAAAUAAUAUCAGGCAAACCCAAACCUAUAUUCGUGUACAUAAUCGCAAUUCAUCUAUUUUCUAUUGCUUUAUAAAAUUAUAUAUUAUGUCCAAAUCAAAAUUAAGACUAGACAUUAUUUCUUUAACGCCAAGGAAGCGGCGAUGUAUUUUCUUAAAAAAAUUUCGUAAUAUUUGCCAAAUGACUAUUAAUUCAAAUUUGGAAAUUCAAAAUAAUAUCGUAAAUUUAUCGAAUGUGCCAGAUAAUAUCGAACAAUUACCUCAGCAGCAAAAUGUACUAAAAGAAAUUGAUUUCGAUUAUUCCAAUGUAAUGAACAUUAAUAAGUGUACAGAAAAUAAUCAUGAUUUAGUCUCUGAACAUUCGGAAAUUAGUAUUGAUAAAAAUAGUCCUCAGUUAAGUAUUUCAAGUGAUAAAUUUUCCAAAACAGAACUUAUUAAUGACAUCCGAUUAUGGGUUAUUGAAAAUCGUGUCAGUCAUUCUGCUAUUAGUAGUUUACUGAAAAUUCUAGUAAAAUACGGCCAUAAUCUUCCUAUUGAUGCUCGAACUCUGUUUCAAACUCCCAAACAAGUAGACAUUAUUGAAAUGAUAUCAGGAAAAUAUUAUCAUGCAGGUUUAGGUGAUAGAAUUUAAAAAAAUCUAUUCGUAAACAUUAUUAUCGAAGUAAUUUACCAUCUCAGAUAAAUAUUAAUGUAAAUGUAGAUGGUCUUCCUUUAACAAAAUCUUCUGGGAGUCAAUUUUGGCCUAUUUUAGGUAGUAUAGUUGCAGAUUUUUACACCGAACCGUUUAUAAUUGGUGUUUAUCAUGGUUUUGAAAAGCCAAAAUGUUGCAAUACUUUUUUGAAAUAUUUCAUGGAUGAUUGUUUUGAAAUUUUCCGAACUGGCAUUGUAGAAUAUGGCAAAAAAAUAACUAUGAAAUUGAACGUAUUUAUCUGCGAUGCUCCUGCAAAAUCGUUUAUCAAGGGAAUUAGAGGACAUAAUGCGUAUUUUGGAUGCGGAAAUUGUAUUCAAGAGGGAGAUUACAUAGAAAAUCGAAUAACGUACCCAGAAAUUAAUGCUAUGUUAAGAUCAGAUGAAUCUUUUAAAUUAAGAAAACAAGAAGAACACCAUAAAAUCACUUCAAAUCUUGAAGAUUUAAAUAUUGGAAUGGUUACUCAAUUUCCUUUAGACUACAUGCAUCUCGUACUAUUAGGAGUAAUGAAAAAAUUGUUGCAGUUUUGGAUUAAAGAUUAACGAGUCACAGUAUGAGUUAAUUACUGUUCCAUUGUCUGAUAUUAAAUUAAAAUGUGUAAAACUGCCUUUAUGUGACGAAGAAGCUGUGGUAUUGUCUUUACUGCACCAACAAGAAAUAUGUUUAUGAUUAUUAAUAAUGGUAAAAAAUUUCGCUGUCGUAACUUUUCCAAGCGAUGGGAAUAAUGAAGAAGAGAUCGUAUCAGAAGUUUCAUCUUUAUGGCUUUCCUCCAAUUUAACAGAAUGCUGGUGGCCAUCGGUAAAAAAUAUUAACACCUUUAUUGUGAAACAAACUCCACCUGUUACUAAUGAUCCUAAAUGGACACUUUAUCCUAUCAAAUUUCAUAGAUAUUAUGAUUCAUUAGAUGAGGCUAGACAGAGAGCAACGAAUUAUUCUUCAAGCGAUGAAAGUAAUACAAAUCAAAUAAAGAAGUCAUGCACAAAACGGUCACUAAAUACUGUUUAUAACAAUGAAUCUGAAUCUGAUUCUGAUGACUCACGUUCAAUUAUACCAAAUCCACCACAUCUUAAAGAUACAAAUGUCUCACAAUCAGCCAAAAAUAUUCAAUCAAUCUCAAAUAUUUUGGAUUCAACAAUUAUUAAUAAUAUUGAUUUGGAAAUUCUUGAUGGAACUAUAGUACCUCACAAAAAUAUGCAGGAUGUAUAUACGUUAGUGUUAGAAAUGUCAGAUAAAAUGAAAGAUAAUUUUGAAAAAAUAUGUACAGCUAUAACUACAAUUUCAUUAAACAUACAAGCUAUUGAUACUCGUUUAAAAAACAUGGAAACACAACAUAACCAACAUAAGUCUAAAGCAUCUGCCAUGGAUACAUCAAAUAUACAAAGAUCUUUUCCGUUUAAGAGCAUAAAUGAAGUAAUAGCUUUUGAAAAUAGUUUAUCAGAAAAUACAGAUGAGUACAACAAAUUUGUAAAUUUAAUUAAGUUAUUUAAAUGCAGAUUUUAUUUAAAUAGAAUAAUAGAAAUUAUAUUAUUGAUAUGUUUUAUUUUUAAAGAUGCUGUAUAUAUCCUGCAUAGGCGGAGGGUCCGCUAAAGAAAAAUUUAAUUCGUAUUUAUCGAACUUUAUUUUCUAAUGAAGUUGUCAAGGUUUCAUCCUGGAAACUACGUAAUCAUUUUAAAAUAAGUAGUUUAAAAUCUAUAUUGACGGGAAUACAAGCAACAAUUUUGGCUCAACACCAAUUCACAAACAAAGAGUUUGAAGACAUCACGAAAAAUGGUUUCGCCAAGGUGGUCAGAGGCUUAGCAGACAACAAAAAGACUCCGAAGAAGCAAAUCCGCAAGUUAUUUAAAUGUCUCAAAAGCUAAUCAUUUUUUAUUAUAAUCUUUUUUCUUAUUAGUUUAUGAGCUUUUGACUCUUUCUUACUUUAUCUAACAAUUUUUUUAAUUACAAAAAGUAUAAUUGCUUUAUUGUUUUUUUUUUCAAAUAAAAAUCGAAUUGCGUUUCUAUUUUUGUUUAAAUUAGAUUUACUCUAACGGUACACACUUAUAUAUUUUAAACAAAUGUGUUAUAAUUAACGAAUCAUACAUGACUCGCAAAGAUUUUGAC